CGUGUUUUAUAGGCGAUGUAUAAUUCAAACUGUAAUUGAAACUUUCAUUACGGCACAGUUAUUUAGUAAUUGCUACAGCCGAUGUAGAUUUAAAUCUGCAAAUGCUAUUGAUAUCGGUUGACAUAUGGUAAAUGUUUAUUGAUGUUCAAUCGUUUAAAGUGAACUACCAUCGAAAGCAGUUGUUUAUACCAGGGUGGAAGUUCAUCAUACAUUUCCUCGGCACAAUUCCGAUUUCUUUGGCGCCGCGAUUUAAAGGUACCGUUGGAAAAACGAAGGGCUGCAAUUUAGUAUAGCAUCCCCGGAUUUCGGGGUUAAAAUGGAAGUUGUUCUACAACUUUCACACGUACAAGUUAACUCCAAAGCAUUUUAAGGAUAAGCUGGUGCAUGUAAGAGAUAAAUAAUCUAUGGUUACAACUCCAAGGUUUUAGCUCUGCAGCAUAUAUAGGAGGUGGCAAAUAAUUCGGUCAACCGACGUACUUUUUGGGAUCUCCAGGAGUUACUGUUAUUUGCUAUACAGUCAUUGACCAAAUAUAGGAAACUAAAGAAAGACAAUUCCAGACGUAAAGUUAAGCUGCGUUUACUGCCGAAAUAGAUUUUCUUAAGUGUGCCAUCGCGAUGGCUGCUCCAGCAGCCUGUACGCGUUUUUCCGAUAAUUAUGAAAUUAAGGAGGAACUUGGAAAGGGCGCCUUCUCUGUCGUCAAACGUUGUGUUCAAAAAUCAACACAAUUCGAGUUCGCAGCGAAAAUAAUCAACACAAAGAAACUCACCGCAAGAGAUUUCCAAAAAUUAGAGCGAGAAGCUAGAAUUUGUAGAAAACUACAUCAUCCUAAUAUCGUCAGACUGCACGAUAGCAUACAAGAAGAAAACUAUCAUUAUUUGGUGUUUGAUCUUGUUACUGGUGGUGAGCUGUUUGAAGAUAUUGUUGCGCGUGAAUUUUAUUCAGAGGCUGAUGCAUCGCAUUGCAUUCAACAAAUUUUGGAAUCGGUUAAUCAUUGCCAUCAGAAUGGUGUGGUGCAUCGUGAUCUGAAACCAGAAAAUUUACUAUUAGCUAGUAAAGCUAAGGGUGCAGCUGUUAAACUCGCCGACUUCGGCUUAGCCAUAGAAGUUCAGGGCGACCAUCAGGCAUGGUUCGGUUUUGCCGGUACUCCUGGCUACUUAUCGCCGGAGGUGCUGAAAAAGGAGCCAUAUGGCAAAUCGGUAGAUAUAUGGGCAUGUGGAGUUAUUUUAUAUAUUUUAUUAGUCGGUUAUCCACCUUUUUGGGAUGAGGAUCAACAUCGUCUUUACUCUCAAAUAAAGGCUGGUGCAUAUGAUUAUCCAUCGCCCGAAUGGGAUACCGUAACACCUGAAGCAAAAAACUUGAUAAAUCAAAUGCUAACAGUUAAUCCAAAUAAGAGAAUUACUGCAGCUGAAGCGCUGAAGCAUCCAUGGAUUUGCCAAAGAGAGCGUGUGGCUUCGGUGGUUCAUCGCCAAGAAACUGUGGAUUGUCUCAAAAAAUUCAAUGCUCGGCGUAAACUUAAGGGUGCUAUUCUUACUACAAUGUUAGCAACCAGAAAUUUUUCAAGUAGGAGUAUGAUUACCAAGAAAGGUGAGGGAUCUCAAGUUAAGGAAUCAACAGAUUCCUCAAGUACAACACUAGAGGAUGACGACGUUAAGGAAGAUAAAAAGGGAAUUGUUGAUCGCAGCACAACAGUCAUAUCAAAAGAGCCCGAAGAAAUAAGGAUUGUUUGUCCAGCGAAAACUUCUCAACAAAUGUCAUCCAAUUCUCAAUGCACAGCAAGACGUCAGGAAAUAAUUAAAAUAACUGAACAACUGAUUGAGGCCAUAAAUAGCGGUGACUUCGAUGGAUACACCAAAAUUUGUGAUCCUCACUUAACUGCAUUUGAGCCUGAAGCUUUAGGCAACCUGGUCGAAGGAAUUGAUUUCCAUAAAUUUUACUUUGAGAACGUUCUGGGCAAAAAUUGCAAAGCUAUAAAUACUACUAUUCUGAAUCCUCAUGUCCACUUGCUGGGAGAAGAUGCAGCAUGCAUUGCCUAUGUCCGUCUAACACAAUAUAUAGACAAGCAAGGACAUGCACACACGCACCAGUCAGAGGAAACACGUGUAUGGCAUAAACGAGAUAAUAAGUGGCAGAAUGUACAUUUUCAUCGUAGCGCGUCCGGAAAAAUUAGCGGUGCAACAACUUUUGAUUUCAUUCAACAAAAGUAGAACAAUGAACGUAUAGCGACGCCAGUAAGCACACCACAAAAACUUUUUGAGGCAGAUUAUAUAAAUUAAUUGCGGCGCUUGUUCAAAAAUACCAAACAACUACAAUGUUAUUAAACAAUUUAACUAUAACAACAAUUUUAAUAGUACGAGCCAUAAUGGGAGAAAUUUAAACUAAUAUUGAAUUCAUGAAGCAGUUUGUACACUAGGGUGCUUCAAAAAAAAUUUUUUAAUUUUUUUUUUCAACUCUUACCUCCUCAAAUGUUAAUGAUUGACCAACAAAAAAUCCUCCCUCAAGCCAGGCGCUGAAGCUUAACUCUAAGGAGUCGCUAUUUUUUUUUAGGUUCCCAUACA